AUGCCACGUAAGCUACGUAAGAAUAUACGUAAGAGGAAGAGAGCAGUGAAACAUCCAAUAGUAAAACUGACACCACAACAACAGUUGCAACAACAAAUGAUGAAUGACCCCACUAUGUUGCAACAAAUGUCAAGCAACCCUAUGCUUUUAAACCGAGUUAUUGGUGCACAAAGUGGAGGUUUAAGAGCGGCACUUUUAGCGAAAAUGGCAGGCUAUGGUGGAGCUGCAGACGGAACAGCUUAUAACCCUCAAAGUCAAAUGAAUUUGAGUUCACUCAAAAAUCAAAUAACAGAUGUCAAAAAGUCAAACAUAGACAUACAGAAACAAAUAAGUGAAAACGAAAAGAAACUAGAAUAUGACAGACACACAAAGAAACUCAAUGAGUUAAACGUAGAGAAAAAGAAGAAAGAAGAACAACUGAAAGAACUAAGUACAGAGGAAUAUGCGAAAAAAGUGUCAGAAAAAGCAGCAGAAGUAGCAAAAAUGGAACAAGAUGUUAUAAAUUUGAAAAACCAUACUACUCAAUAUAAAGUACUGAAAGAUGAAGAAAUAAAACAAAAAGCCCUGAAGACAUAUAUGGAUAGCGAUGAGUAUAAAAAAGAAGUUGAAGCAAAUGUAAAGGCAGAAAAACUUUUACAGUUGCAAAACCAAACCGUACAGUAUGAAAACUUAGCACAAGAAAGUAAAAAUAACGACGCAGCCAUGCAAAAGGCAAUGAAAAGCGCAGAAUAUAUAAAAGCUAAUAAUGACUGGUUAGAUGCCCAAGCCAACGCCAAAGCAGCCCAACUUAUAGGGUCAAUAAGGACAAAAAUACAAGCGGAUGAAGACAGUUCAAAUGAAGCUUUAAUGAAUGCUGACUUUAAGAACGCCUUCGAAGCUCUUCAUAGUAAGGUGAAACUAGUGAACGACUUCUCAUCUGGAAAGAAACUGAAGUCUGAAGGUUUCGACAAAGAGUUAAGAGAAGUAGCACAAAAUAUGACGAAAAUAACAGAUGCAGCAACGAGACAGGCAGUUCAAAGUGCCUAUGACGCCGUUAGAGCAACUGUUGUGGAAAGUCAAGAAAAAGAGUUACAACAGACCAAAACAGACCUAGUAAAUGCUUUCUUAAAAACGAAAAGUCAGGUAGGACAUUAUGCUGCAGAUGGAACAUAUGUGCCAGCUGGUGGAACUUAUAUACCAGCUGGUGGAACUUAUAUACUAGCUAGUGGAACUUAUAUACCACCAAACCCUCCAAGAGAAGCACCUGCACCAGGACUACCUAAAACAUUUACAUCGUCACAUGGACACAGACACAGGCAUGCACCAAAACCAACACAACAACCAACAGUUCAAAAUCCAGCACAACAACCAACAGUUCAAAACACUGCACCACAACCAACAGUUCAAAACACUGCACCACAACCAACAGUUCAAAACACUACACCACAACCAACAGUUCAAAACACUGCACCACAACAACCACAAACAGAG